GAGAGCGACGCACCCUCCAAGCCCCAAAAUCAGGGUAUCAUGCGAACCUUAAAUUCCAAACCUAACCUUUCCUAUGUUCUAUUUAUUGCCUGGGACACCCCCCCAUGUAUCACUCUUUACUAGCACUUCGUGAUAACUCACAGAAAACGGACAUUGAUAACUGGCUGCGUGACGGUGUUGUAGACUUAGUCUUUGAGCGUUGAUAUAUAGCGGAUAUUUUCAUCAUUUCGCAAUGAAGAGGGCGGUGCUGGCCCUGGCGCUGGCGCUGACGGGCGUGGCGUGGGCGGAGUUGGCUCCACCCGAGAGAUCCUACAAGAUCCUGAUGCUGUUGCCAGUAUCCUCGAAGAGUCACAGGAAUGUCUUCUUGCCGGUUGCUGAAGGGCUGGCCGAUCGAGGACACAAGGUCGUGCUCGUGGUCAACCAUCCUCCGGUGUCAAAGCAUCCAAACAUUGAGGAAAUCGACCAUGACCUGCCAGAUUUCAAAACAGAAUCCAUGGAUUUAUUUGCAACAAGAGCUGACCCGGCUGGUGUUUUCACCCUGUUCCAAAAAGCUCUUCCCAAUCUCGCCAGGAAGCUGUACAAAGUCCCUAAAGUUAAAGAGCUCUAUGACAGAAGAAAGGAAUUUGACAUUAUAAUUAUUGAUCACAUGUUCAAUGAGGUUGUGUAUCCCUUUGCCCACGAGAUGCCCUUCAUCACCAUAGCGACGCCCGGGAUGGAUGCUCGCCAAAGUGCUGUCUACGGCAACGUCCAGAACCCUGCUUAUGUACCCAGUUUAAUGAAGACUUUCCCCCUCCCUAUGAGCAUGUUACACCGCAUUCUCAAUACUAUUGAGCACAUCAGGUCUGCUGUCAGCUGGCGGUUCUUGGAUGUCCUUCCCUCCGUGCAGAAGGAGAUCUCAGCCCAGUUCCCGGAUCUUCCAUCGCUGCUGGACAUUGAACGUAACCAGAGCCUUACCUUGAUGAACUCACACUUCACGGUGACUGGUGUUCUGCCUCUGCUGCCGUCCCAGGUGGAAGUGGGGGCCAUGCACUGUCGCCCUGGCAAGCCCCUUCCUAAGGAUUUAGAGUCCUGGAUCAGCGGCGCAGGAUCAGAGGGAGUCGUGUACUUCAGUCUCGGCUCCGUGGCUCAAGGUCAGUCGAUGCCCAAGAAAUACCGAGAUAUGUUCGUGGAGGCCUUCAAGCAGCUCAAACAGAGAGUCAUCUGGAAGUACGAGGAGGCGCUGGAGGGCGUCUCUGACAACGUGCUGAUGCGGAAGUGGCUGCCGCAGCAGGAUAUUCUCGCUCACCCAAACGUCCGGGUCUUCAUCACCCACGGAGGACUCCUCAGCACUCAGGAGUCCUUCUACCACUCCACGCCAGUCCUCGCGGUCCCCAUCUUUGGCGAUCAGCCCAAGAAUGGCAUGGAUAUACAGGCCAGCGGACUCGGUCUGAUGUUGGUGUGGGAGGAACUGACGGUCGAGCUCAUCGUAGACAGUCUCCAGGAACUUCUCAAUAACCCCAAGUACAAAGCCACAGCCGACGAAGUUCAGAGUGCUCUCCGCGACCAGCCUCAGAGCCCGAAGGAUCGCGCCGUGUUCUGGACGGAGUACGUGAUCCGGCACAAGGGCGCUCCCCGGCUGCGGUCUCCGGCGGCGCAGCUAUCGUGGGUCGAGUUCCUCAUGCUGGACGUGCUGCUGGCGCUCCACGUCACUGUGUUCGUGUUGGUGUACUUGCUCCGCCGCCUUCUGGGAGCCAUCUGCUCGCGGGUCUUCGGGUCCCGGAGCACAGGCAAGAAAAAGAAGAGGGAGUGAGUUUCCUCGGUGAUUUUUUCAGUCUCUAGAUCAGGAGGUUCCCAACCUGGAGGCCACGGCCUCCAGGGAGGACAUGGAGCAAUAUGAAAAGCAUUAAACUGAUUUUUAGCUCCCCCUACACUGCCCACAUGCAAUUAUCUCUCAUAUCAAUAGAUUAGAAUAUUUCCAUGAAGCGAUCUUGUCCUAUAGCUACUGACACCAUUACAGUAUUCAUAACUAAUAACUAACUAAUAUAACAAUCUGAAAAUAUGACAUCACUGAACAAGAUGUUUGUUAUCCUGCUGUAGUUAUUUUUUAUGGCAAUAAAAUAUAGUUUGUAAAACUU